GGGCACGAAGCCGCUGUAGAGAUGUUCCUCGACCGAAGCGAUAUGGACGCAGAUGCAAGAGACGACGAAGGAUUGACGCCUCUCGCCUAUGCUGCCUUUAACGGACACUAUUCAGUCACCAUCAUGUUGAUUGAGCAGGGGGCCGAUAUCAACUCACAGGAUAAUCGUCGUCAGACGCCGCUGUGGUUGGCAACUCAGAAGGGCCAUGAGAGGAUUGUCGAUUUACUUCUCAACAAUGGAGCUAUUAUGGAGAUCAAGGGCUACGAUGGCUGCACGCCGCUU